AUGCUGUACUAAUUAAGUAAAAAAACAUACUCAAACUUGUAUAGUGCAAAUAAGGGGUAUUUGUUUGGAGAAUGGUUGAAAUUUUUAAAUAAUAAGAUUGAGCAGCGUUUUAUAAAGGGCUGCUUUAUUUCGAAUAUUUAAAGCUAGAUUAAAAUGCACUUAAUUUAAUUCAUUUUAACAUUGUUAGACUUAAUCAUAAACAAGCAGUACGCAUAUUUCACUUAUCUAAAUAUAGUUUUAUCAGUUAUUUAUCUAAUAUGGAUUAAAAAGGCGCAGUCUGUUUAUUAGGCUCAGAUAUUUUCUUUCAUCCUUUAGUUUUAUUUCUUUUUUAGAUUUGCUUAGCUUGAUCUUCCCUAUGAACUCUAUAUUUUAUUACUCUGUAUUUGGGGAAUCAAUAAUGUGAUAUCUUACAAAAGCAUGGUACUACUUUUUUUAUUAAUGUUUACACUCCUUUCCUAAGGCCUAAAAAAAACUAAAACGCUUCUAUGGCCUUUCCUUUUUUCUCUAAACAAUUAAAGAGAUAUAUUCUCUUUCUAACAUUAAAUUUAUGAGAGCUAUAAAUUUAGUAUAAGUGAACUUGAAGUUGAGUACUUUUUUAUUAGUUCAGUCAUUUACUAUUACAUUUUACGUAAGACAAGAUUAAAUUGGAAAGCUCUUGACUAAGUUAAACGCUCGGAGAGGGCUUAUGUUAAUUUAUUUUAACAAAUAAAAACACCAACAUUUGUUGUUAACCACUAAGGUAACAUACUCGAAUUAAACGAAACUGGCAGAAAUAUUUUUGGGGAAAGAUUAAUAUCAUAUGCUAAUUGUAGCUUUUUUAAGCUAUUUUAGAAUAAAUAGGAGUUAGAAAAUGUUAAGCUAGCAUUUGAAUAAGCAUCACUUACAAAAGAAACAAUAAAUAUUAGAGCAAAUAUUAAAUGCUUUUCUCAAUCUGGAAACGAUAAUUUUAAUUCAUUUGGGGGAAAUGAAGAUCAAUAGAAAGAUAAUAAAUCCAAUAAUACUGUUUAAAAUUAAAAAAAUAGUUUAGGAGGUAAUGCACCUAAUGGAGAAAGCUCAAUCAGCAAUUCAAACACAAGGAAUGGAAUUAGUAAAAAAUCAAAUGAAAGUUCAGUAUAGCCAAGUCCGCAAUUACCAAGCUUAGGCAAUAAAAAGUAGAGUAUUGCUUCGCCUCCAAUAAGGCACAAUGUAUAAAUGGCUAUGGCUCCCCCUUAACCAAAAAAUAUAGUUUAGCAAAAGAUACCCUAUCCUUUCCUUCAAGAAUAAUUCGAUGAUUUGCUUAAAAAUGAAUAUUUGCAUUUAACUCAGGAUUCACAAACAAUCAAAUAUUUCAACUUAAGUAUUUCACCAUAUAUUUGGAAGGAAACCACUUCAUUCCUUAUAAGUUUUGUUGACAUUUCAGACACAUAAGAUUUCAUAAAAAUGACGAAUUUCUUUAUGAAGAAUGUAAAUGAUAGAAUAGUUUCAGUUUUAAGUCAUACAGAAGAAGAUUACUAAAAAUGGGGAAAUUUGGCUUAGCUUAGCUAAAUUAAGUAAACCGAUUUGAGAGAAUUAUCAGCUAUUAUAUCUGAGUAGCAUAAUAUUUUUAGUUUAACUUCUCUAGUCAAGUAUUUUAAUUAAAUGUAUAUUGGUCAUGAGAAGGGGAAGCUUCAGGAUUUUUAAAUUACUAAUUUGAUUAUUUAAACCAUAGAAGUUCAUUCUGUAAGGGUUUAAAACUAUUUAAAGAGAAUAGAUCUCACUUUUGAAAGUUUUCCUCCCCAAGUAAAUGGAGAUCCCUCUGCAUUUUAUUUCAUUAUUCACAAUCUUAUUUAUUUGAUAACUUAUAAUUGUGAGUAUAACGAAGUAGAUCUUUCUCUUAGCUGUAAAUUCUUAUCAUUUGUCGAUAAGAAUAAUUCUUUGAUCUUAAGUUUUGACUUCGAAUUCUCAGCUACUUAAGAGCAAAUUGAGUUCUUCUAAAAGCUCACUAAAAAGUUUGAUGAGUUCAAGAGAUAUUUGGUUUAGAGCGACUUAAAGGGACAUGAUAUUCUAGAAACUCUUUAUCUGAUGACUUUAAAUAGUAUAAAGCAGAAUGAGGGAAACAUUCAUAUUGAUAUAGUUGAUCCAUCAAAAAAAAAUGAUAAUAAUAAUUAGAAUUAGCCUGCCUCACAAUAGAAUAUUGCAGCUCCAUAAUCACAAUAGCUAAUAAAAUAAGAGGUUUAAGGAAACAAAGAUAAUCAAAAUGCUUAAGAUAGUAAAGAAAAUAUAGAUAACUAAGUGAAAAAGUUAAAAGUAGUAUUAGAACAAGUAUUUAACUAAGCCGAAAUGCACACAGUUGUCAAAAGGUAGCAAGAUAAUUCUAUUAUGGAUUCUCCUGCUGUGUCUCCGCUUGUUGAUAAAAAAAAUACAGCUAGAAAGCACCAUGCUCUUGCUAAACCUCCAUAAAUUAAUUUAUCCUACACAAGAUUCAAAGAAAAAUAAAAAGAUAAAUAUCAGUGGAAGUAAUGCAACGAAGAAGAGAAAAAGUAAGUUGCUUAAAUUGGUUUGCCAUCAAGAAGACCUAAUGACCUCAAAAAUUAGUUUCGUAAAAUCUAAAACUUUGGUAUUGACAGUGAUGAAAAUAUUCCAAAUCCAAUAAAUAGAAAUGAUAUAAGUCCUAUAUCAGUAAAACCUAAUCCAAGAAAGGCAUCUACUAAUACUUUGAACAUUGGAGUUUAACCUUCUUUGUAAUAAGUAGAAAGGAUGGUUAGCAGUGGAGCAGAAGAAUAAAAGAAUCAAUAGAUUUCUAAUUCAUAGAAUAAUAUAUAGGUGAAUCAUCCAUCAUCUUAAUAAAACAUUCAAAUACCCUAAACUCAUUAGCAAUAGUCUUAAUUUGUUCCUACUCCUCCUCCUACCAAUAAUAAAGAAGUAAAUUAAUCAUAAAAUUUGAGUUAAGCACCUUAAAUUUUAGUUCCUAAAACUAACUCCUCAGGAAACAUAAACUAUAAAAAAAACCUUGAAAACAUAUCAGAAAGUGUAGAAAAUAUUGAUAGAAUGUUAAUCAGCCAAAAACCUGAAUAAGCAAAAUAAAAACCCGAUGAAGAUUCACCUCCUGAAAUAAAUGAUUUUUUAAGCGAAGAUAACAGUUCUAUUUUGUUUAAUUUAAAUUUAAAAAAAGAGAUUAAAACAAACUUAAAAUUAUAUAAUUCUAACAUUGUUAGAGAUAUCUCAAAAAUCAUAAAAAAUAUUCUAACUGCUUCAAAAAUGCAAGAAGAAUUCGAUGUAAGAUUCAUCAAUAAAUCUUCGACAGACAGCUUACCUGUUACCUCUCGCAAUAUUGCUUAAUUUUGUUCUCCUCAGCUCCAUUCAAAUAGACUUAGAAAUGAUAAUCGCUUUAAAGCAUCUCCAUAAGUUCACUCAGCUUUUGCAGGGUACGUAAAUCCUGAUCUCAAGAAUCAAAACAAGACUGGAUAAUCAUCUAAUAGCAGGAUGGCCUAUAGCAACACUGAAGAAACACCUAAAAGUGUUGUAAUGUCCACUCGACCAUCUAAAUCCAAUUUUCCUAGUAUGAUAAUCAACAGCCCUCUUGUUGUAAACAAUUUCAGAUUUAGAGGAGAUUCAAGAGGUUCUGAAUGUAAAGAUUAAUUGAAUAUAAAUUACAAGAAGUAAGAGACGAAAUAAUUACCAUGGAAUGAGAUAAUACCUUUUGAAGUACAUUAAUCAAGAUUAAAAAAACAUGUCAGGAAAUGGAUCUUGUAAGAUUUAUGGAAAAAGGCUUAUAAAAAGACUGAUACUGUAUUAGUAGUAUCAGCGGAGUUAAGCGAUUCAUCUCUUAUUUAACAAGUUUUCCUACAAAAGAAAGACCUAGGAAAAGAGUUAUAAUUCACUAAAGUUAACUAAGCUUUCAGUAAAUACAUUUAAAUGUUAAAGGACGACUAGGUGUAUAAAUAUAUACUCGUAGAUUUAAGAAUAGACCCUAGUUAAGUAGAAAUAUUUAUACAACAAAUAAAAGAUUAAGAAAGUAUCAGCUAAUCUAUUCCAAAAACUUCUUUUGUUGGAUAUGAGAGCGAGCAAAACUAGCAGCAGUACAAUUAACUUUUAGAUUACAUAAUUGUUGGAUCUUUGGAAGUGCUUAAGCUUCUCCCAUUUAUAAAGGCAUUAAAAGAAAAAAGAUGA